UGGCGCGGUGCAGGGCUCUUAGGAACCGAACGGCUUGGGCGCGGGUAAUCAGCUCCCUUUCCCGUUUCCCCACUUCUUCUAGGUUCUUGGGACUACUGUGGAACUUCCGGAUCUGAUGCGGGAUCCUGGUCGUGGACUGCCCCACCGUGCUCCUCUACUGCUCAGGGUGCUCCGCGCCCAGACUGGUAUUCGGGGACUGUGACUUGCAGGGUCCGCCAUGGAGCCAGAGCAGAUGCUGGAGGGACAGACGCAGGUUGCAGAAAAUCCGCAUUCUGAGUAUGGUCUCACAGACAACGUUGAGAGGAUAGUAGAAAAUGAGAAGAUUAAUGCAGAAAAGUCAUCAAAACAGAAAGUGGAUCUCCAGUCUUUGCCAACUCGUGCCUACCUGGAUCAGACAGUUGUGCCUAUCUUAUUACAGGGACUUGCUGUGCUUGCAAAGGAAAGACCACCAAAUCCCAUUGAAUUUCUAGCAUCGUAUCUUUUAAAAAACAAGGCACAGUUUGAAGAUCGAAACUGACUUAUUGGAAAGAACAGGAAAAUUUGUUUUCUACUGUAGAUUUAGGUGAUUAAGAGGCAGCUUUAAUUGCCAUGAUUCCCCCCUGCCCCACCUUUUUGGAAGCAUAAGAACCUUGAGGACAACAGAACUUAUUUCUGGAAUUGCAGAAGAAAACAUAUCACCCUUACUUUGAUUUAAUCACCAUAGUUAUUUAAUGAGUGGUAUUCUGUGCAAUUUUUUUCUUAGAUUGUCUUUAACUUUGUUUUUAAAAUGAUCUUCAAAAUAAACUGUUAAAAUGUCA